GUGUAUAUUUAUAAUAUUCAAGAGCUGACUAUUUGACAACAGACAGUAUCGCGAAGUGUCCGACAAACAAGUUAAUGUUUGUAACUCGUGACUGAAGGAAUUGGGUGAUGCCUUAGUCCUGAAAUGGUACAGAUCCACAAUAGAUAACCAAGCUCGGAGCUGCCUGUCUCGGUAGCUCGUAUUUUUCUUCCUCGCUUUUAACUUUACGAGAGCGAGACGGGCUCGCUUCUUUGGUUUCUUAUUAAUAUUACUUUUAUUUUUAAUUCUGUUCUCAAUCUAAAAGCGACAGAGGCUUAUUUUAUAUUUGAGGAGGACUUAACUGAAACAUUUAUUCGAUUUACUACAUAUAAAAAAGAAAGGCAAAGAGCUUCUUUCCUCGUUAAUUUGUUUUAUUCUCAUCCAUCAACUUUUACUUAAAUCCAAAACAAGAAAAAAAUGUAUUUGUUUAUGUCAUCAAAAGUUUCCAAUUUAUUAUUUGAAGGAUGGAAUUCUACAGAUUUUCCAGGUAUGAUAGUAAUGUUCACUGUGACUACAAUGGUAGCAAUAAUCUAUGAUGCCAUCCGGUUGCUACAUGCAUUCCUCCAUAUAAAAGCUCGCCAGAAUCCUAUUUUAUAUAGCCAAGAAGAGUCUGAACCAACAUCAGAAAAUUCAGUGUCAAAUUCCUUACAAGCCCUAAUAUCACCUCUGUCAACAAGCGUAAUAAAAAGGAAACGACGCUUAUACUACUUAGCAGAAACUGUUAUGCACAUGUUGCUCACCUUUAUUGGUUACCUGAUCAUGUUAUUGGUUAUGACUUUUAAUGGAUGGUUUGCCAUUGCAGUUCUUUUGGGUGCAACCAUUGGUUUCUUUCUGUUUGAUGCAUCUAUUCUGACUCUUGCUUACAAAUCACCAAAUACUUCUUCUAGGCAUCGAGCUUCAUCAUCCGAUCCUGUCCCAACUGUUACACAUAGCACAGAAUUAGAGUCUCGGAGUAGUGACAUAUCAAUUUAAUUCUUAUCAAUUUUGUGAAAAAUAAAUUUCAUUGAUUGAUUUGAGAAAAUACUUUUUAUGCCAUUUUAAAACUGGAUUAACUUAUGUUGAUAGGCUUCCAGACUAUUCAUACAUCAACUUGAAGAAUUGAUUUGUUUUUGUUUCGUUUUUUAUUCUGUAAAUUUUGUUUUUUGUAAUUCUUCUAUCCUCACAAUUUCUUCCAAUAUUUUUUUUUCUUUUAAUGAUUAAUCCUGCUGAUAUUUUUACUUUGCAACUUUGUUCCCAUAU